UUAUUUCGUUAAAUGUGCAGUUAAACUGUCAACAUGUAAUGUUGUAAUCUCUGAAAAAUAUGUCGAGAAUAAAAGGAUUCAUCUGCAAGAUGAAAUGAUGCAACAAUUACAGUAUAUCCCAGGAGUUAACGUGCAGUUGAUUGGAUCAUGGCUGUGAAAGAGAAUUAUGAAGGAGAUCACAUCUAAAAAGGGGAGUAGUAUUAGCAGGUUAUCAGUGAGAAUAGAAUAAAAGUACUUAAACGUUGCUUAAAAAGUAUUUGAAACUUUGGUAAAAAGCUUGAAGGAGAAUAUUCAAGGGAACUAAAGCUGAAAAGAAUAGCAUGUCAUACGAAGCUUGGCUUGGACCUGUAGAUAAUGAGGGUAAAGAGACGUUGUGGCUGUAGUCGCCAGAAGUUUCUCAUCUUUUUAGUUGUGUUUGCAAUCAGUUUUGUUACUGUAGUUAACAUUUAUCAUGAAGAGAUUUACAAACUUCAGAAGGAGUACAAGCGAAAUAUGGACGCUGAAAUGGAUGUUGAUUCGUGGAUUAGACAAAAAUACUCACACUGCGAUGGUCACUUCACUGCAUAUGGUCAGCAGUUUGCAGAAUUACAUGAUGUCAUUAUCCUUCCGAAUGACAAAAGCUUUUACAUUCCAUGUAAAGAUAUUGAAAGCUUGAAAUACACUUUUGACUUUGGUAAAGAAGGAACACAUUUGAAUAACUGGAUGGAAAAGAUACAACCUUUAAAAAAAGAGGAAAUGCCAAGUAUGGAAACAAGCGUGAAGAAAAAAAUUAUGGUAGCAGUACAGAGGUACGAGUACGCAAAUUUAUACCAUACCAUGACAGACUGGUAUAAUGUUUUUCUUGUGACACAGCUGUUACAUAUUGAUGUUGAUAACAUUGAAGUCUUGCUGUUUGACAAUAGUACAAAAGGGCACAUGGAUGAUACAUGGAACACACUUUUCGGUGAAGCUUUUAAAGUGCCUUUAUUAAAGAAACCAGUCAUUGUUGAAAGGCUUGUUUGGAACAUUUUAGGAUAUGAGAGUCCGGUGAAUUAUCAUGGAUUACAAAAUUUGCCAUAUGUUGAGUCAUUCCAUAAUUUUUUUCUCAGGAAGCACGGUAUAACAGAUUUAAAAAACCUGCAUUGUGAUAGUUUGUCAAUAUUUUUUCUUUGGAGGCGAGACUAUAUUGCUCACCCUAAUAAUCCAGGUGGUGAGAUAUCGCGGAAGAUAAUUAACGAAGACAAGCUGAUAGAAAGUGUGAAGAAACAAUUUCCGAAAGCAAAGGUUUUUGGUGAUAAUCUGGAUCAUUUAACAUUCCAAGAACAAGUAAAGAUAAUCGCUAAUACAGAUGUUUUAAUCUCUAUGCAUGGGGCCGGUCUUAGUCAUAUUUUUUCACUGCCAUCACAUGCUUCUGUUUUAGAAUUGUUCCCAUUGUACUGGAUGAAAUAUCCAGUAAUGAAUCAUUUUGAGGCCAUGGCCAGGUGGCGGGGCCUUAAAUAUUCCUCAUGGCAGAAUCUGAACCCAUCGAACGAAGUGGCACAUUGGUAUACCUAUGUGCCCCCUUCUGUUCUUGUGCAGCACAUUCUAGACCUUUAUGAACAAAUGUGUGCUGACAGAUGAUAAUGUUAUUGUUGGCAUUUUCUUUAUAUAGCAGUGCAAUUAUAGUGUUCAGUCAUAUUCUAGUA